AUGGCAUUCCUACCACUGCUUCAUCAUCUUCUUAUCAUCAUCACAUACUUUGCUUAUUUUGUGCAGCCACUUUGCCAUAAUGAUGACAGCAUUGCCUUGUUAGAGUUCAAGAACAGCUUUAUUAUAGACAAGUUGCUUCUAGAAAUCCUUUUGCAUAUCCCAGAGUUUAAUCCUGGAGAAGAGAAUAGAGAUUGCUGCUCAUGGGAUAGUGUAGCGUGCGAUACUGACACCGGUUGUGUCGUUGCGCUAGACCUCAGCAGCAGUUUCCUUCAUGGUUCUAUAAACUCCACCAGCACCUUCUUCAACCUUUCUCAACUUCAAAGGCUUAACCUUGCUUAUAAUGAUUUCGACUUCUUUCAAAUCCCUUCUGCAAUGGGUCAUCUUUCAAGGUUGACAUAUCUCAACCUUUCUCAUUCAUCUUUUUAUGGUCAAGUUCCAUUUGAGAUCUCACGACUCUCAAAUCUGUCUUUCCUCGCUUUGUCUUACAAUGAUUUGGAAUUGAAGAGUCCAAAUUUGAGUAGCUUAAUCUUGGUGAGCAUUUUGGAUUUGGGCAAUUCGAAAUUGUCUGCAAAAUUAGAGCUUGAGGUCUUCAAUGGCAAGGGAGAUUUCUUGCCUUGGUGCAAGAAGAUGAAGGUUGUGUUGGUCCAGAUGAAGGUUACGAAGGCAAUCGUUGGAUCAUAUGGAGUAUAUGUUAUCGAAGACAUGAAAGUGGAGAUUGAUGAAAUUGUGAUGAGCACGAUCAUUCUCCAUCUCUCUAACAAUGUAUUGAGGAAUGUUGAUGAUGUCAAAACUACUUCGUAG